ACUUUGUGCCUCGUGGCCGAUGGCUCGUGCCACUGCUGCCACUGCCACUGCCACAUCCAGUAGCAAAUAGCAAGCAGCAGAACCAGAACCAGCAGCAGCACCAGCACCAUUCAGUCGGGAAAUAUUGCACAAACGAAGCGCACGCGACAGCGGAAUAACCCAACCGGCGGCAAACAGUUGAAACCAAAAAAAAAAACACACACACAGCUCAGCUUUUAGCAUUGCUUUUACCGUCAGUUAGCCGUGAACCGUCGAGCCGUACGGACGUCGUCGUCUGCUUUCUUUUGGAUACGGAAUUUGCCCUGAAGAAAUUACAAGCAGAGCGAAACACACAAAAAAGACGUAAAAUUUCAGUCUGUCUGUGGCGCGGCAAUAUUUUGGCAGCUCUUUGAAACAAAUUUCCAAAUAAAAACGGGUUCCAGCUGAAAGUCGAAUUGACAGUGAAAAAGCCUCUUUGAAAACGAAUCUCUGGCGCAGCAAAGAAUUCUUGUGAAUUCCGUAAAAAUGAGAAAAUGACAGCAAAACGUGAUAAGGAUUACCCGAAAAAUAAAUCGGCAACUGGUAUCGGAUUCACCGCCGCCGGCUCGACCGCCAAUGGGAGCGGCAUAAAGUCCAUUGGGCUGGUGAGCUCCACGCAGAAUGUAACCUCGUCGCAGGACAUCAGCAAGCGUACAAACAAACCACUCAUGGAGAAGCGACGAAGGGCGCGCAUCAACCAGAGCCUGGCCAUCCUAAAGGCCCUCAUUCUCGAGUCCACAAAGAGCCAGAAUGCCAAGAACGGCGAGGGCCAGGCCAAGCACACGAAGCUGGAGAAGGCGGACAUCCUGGAGCUGACGGUGCGACACUUUCAGCGGCAUCGCAACCUCGACGAUCCAUCUGUCAACAAGUAUCGAGCGGGUUAUACGGACUGUGCUCGGGAGGUGGCUCGUUAUUUGGCCACGCCAGAGCCCCCGCCAAUGGGCAGCAUGCCCACACUGGGCGAGCCAGGCUCUAAGGCGCGUUUGCUGCGACAUCUGGACCAGUGCAUAGCAGAGAUCGAUGUGGAGAUCUGUCCCCAUUCGACGGCCAAUUUCGUGGAGAGUCCGAGCAGCAGCAGCUGCUUCGAUCUGAACAGCACGAAGAAGUCGCAGCCGGAGGAGCAUUCGCUGGACUACAGCAGCCAGGACUCGAAUCCAUUGGACUACAGCAAGGGCCUGAAGCUGGGCGCCGAUCAGCGACUGCUGCAGGCCACGACGCCGGCGCCACAGGACGAGAACAACAAUCGUGGCCAGCAGAUCCAACAGAUGCCACCACAGAUCCAGUCGCAGGUGGAUCCUGGGGCAGCGACCAGCAGCGUCGCCUCGGAGCUGAGCUACGAGGACGAUCGUAGUAAAGUAUGUGCCAAUGUCCUCGAGCAGUACAAGCAGCAGCUGAAGCAGGCCCAGCAGAUCCAGCAGCAGCAACAGCAGCAGCCCGACAGCGCCAACGGUGUGCUCGUCCUCCCUCCCCACUACGUGCAACUGGCGGCAGCUCUGGGCCUCAGUGCCCAGCCCCUGGUCGAUCCGAUUGCCACGCGCACGGACUUUGAGCGGCUCAUUGAGCUGCAGCGUGUCCAGCCGCAUUUGGCGGGCAAGCUGAGUCCCAGCUUUCCCGGUGGACUGGAGGCCGCUCAUGUGGCUGCCGCCGCUGCGGCUGCGUAUGCCAACAGCAUGGCCGUGGCCGCGUCCGCGUCCGCAGGUGCCACCGUCUCCGUCAUGACAGCGGCAACAGAACGGCCAGCCUCCGUGGCUGCUUCGGUUAGCUCGGGCGUCUCUGUGAACGAGCUGAAGUCGAUGCCCGUGACGCAGCAGUCAUCGCCGCGCUCGGAGAGCGGCAUCGGCUCCAAUGAGAACGAGGCCCUGGAGGCCAGUCCGCGGCCGCAGACGAGCAGUGCAGCGCGCCAGGCGCUGAGGCAGCGUCAGGAGGAGGAGUACCACUACAUGGCUCAGGCAGGAGCCGCCGGCCAGCCCGGGCCUGGCCAGGAUGAGAGCAUGUGGCGGCCGUGGUGAAUGAGAAGAACGAGGCUAGAUUUUAUGUACCAAGUAUGUAGACUGCACAAGUUUGUUGGGCUUAUAUGGUGAUGGUAAAUGGUGUCGCCGGCAACCGGCGGACCGCACCCCCCCUCCCCAAAUGGCAAAGAGAGUGGAUGGAGAUGGAUCAGAGAAACCUAUUGUUAUAACUGCUCGUCUAUGAAGCUCCUUUUCUGAAUUUGCAUUUCUUACGUGUGCCAAUGCCCAAAGAAGAGAUUCUUUGGCUAGAUUUUUGUAUGGAUGAGAGAGAGAGAGAGAGCAUGAAGAGAGGCGAUCGAUAUGAUUUACCUAUGAAUACAAUAUCUAUGUGUUUUUUGCCCUGAACUAUGCGUUAAAUGUAUUUAAUUCUAUACUAAAACUAAGAUAUUUACAAAAACAAUGAUGAUGGAUUUGGUUGGAUUUGAAUUUUGACUAUUGAUGGAUAUCCUGUGAUCGUUCCAAGGAGGCAAAAUCUAACAGAAUAUUUUUGUGAUUUAUUUAAAAUUUUUAAUUUACUAUUUUCAAUUUUGAUAACAUAAUUAUCGAGUUCUAGUGAUCGCUGAUCGAUCGUUCAUUGCCAGAGGAAAAUCGAACAACAGAAUUGAUUUAAAAUUUAUUUUAAUUUGGAUAAUUUUGUCUUUUUUUUUUUUUGCUUUUGCAACUUUAUUAAAGUAUUUCCUCUAAAAAUACUAUAUAGAUCAGAUCCAUGCGG